AUGCGCGAUAACAUUUUGGCUACGGCCCUCAUUUUAUCAUCAGUAGUACUCUCGGUCAGUGGCUGCUCUGAGGUUCUUGGAAAUUGGUACUGCAAUCCCGUGGAUGCUAUUCUGUAUAGCAAUGUCGGCUCACCAGGAACAUACAAUCAAGUUACCGAUAUGGCGUCUAAUGGGAUUUGUUCUUCCUCACCAAGAUCUUAUUCUGGUCCGAUCUCUCCAUUAGAUGAAGAAGUGUCUUUUCAUUUUAGGGGACCUCUUCAGUUGAAGCAGUUUGCAGUAUACACUCCAAGUACUACUACCACUAGCAAGGAAAAACGUGAUGGCUCAACCGCUAGACGCCGUCGCUAUCAUCAACAUCUUGAGAAACAUGCCAAGCCAGGCAAUAAGAAACGCGACAAGAUCUAUGCUACCAUUGAUGGACAACUUGUCUCCUGGGAUAAUAACUGGCCUACUCCAGGCCUAAAUGCUUACGAUGGUGGUGCAGUACCGGUUACUGCCACGAUUGAUGGUGAAAAACAAACAUGGAUCAACAAUUGGUUUGGACCAAGUACUUCGACGAUGGCAUCCCAAGCGUCUACUACCGUAUCUCAAGUUUUGUCUCAAAGUGCAGCUGCAGGUUCAAAGGCUCAAGAGACUUCUACCUCUUCAAUCAUAUCAUCCGCCACUACAUCCUUUUCAGAGCCUCAAUCAUCCACAAGCGCAUCCCUUCCUGGAUCUCAAGUAUCCGCAAGCGCAAUUGCCUCCACCACAGCUGUAGGAUCGGGAUCUUACAGCAGAAUAGGUUAUUAUGAUUCUGCUGAGCAGACUCUUGAUAAUCUUGUAUUUCUUGGAAAUUAUGGUGGUCAAGGUUCAGGUGUGUUCAAUGAAGCUUAUGGCGCUUCACUUUCUUUCGUAAAUAGCAAUGGCACAGGCGGUGCAUCGUCACCUCAAGUUCUCGCUGAUACCACCUUGCCAUCGGAUUCCGAGGUUAUUGUCAUGCUUGAUGAAGAAUGCAACAAUGAUUGUGGCUACGUGCGACCAGGAUCUGUUGCUUACCAUGGUUUUAAUGGGGCAAACAAAGUAUUUCUCCUAGAAUUUAGCAUGCCAAUAGAUGGAAGCACUGGAUUCAAUGCCGAUAUGCCCUCAGUUUGGAUCCUCAACGCUCAGAUUCCUCGCACAAUUCAAUAUGGAAAUCCGAGCUGUUCAUGUUGGGAAUCUGGAUGCGGUGAAUUCGACAUUGCUGAAGCACUCAACGCUGGCUCAACAUUUUUGAAGUCCACACUGCAUACGAACAAUCCUGGAGGUGAUUCAGACUACUUCGUACGACCUACUUCUAGCACAAUGAAACUUGCAGUUGUCUUUAGCUCUGCCACUUCAACUAUACAUCUUCAGAAGCUGCCUGCGAGCUAUGAAUUCCCCACAAGUCUAACGACAGAUGACAUUCAAAACAUUUGUGGCACGAGUACGGGAAGUAAGCUUUCCGAAUUUGCCAUUUCCUAG